GGAUUUUAGGGAUACCCCGCCAACCAUCCAGAUCAAACGAGACCUGGCGUCCCGGAGCAGGGAGUGCACAGUACCCCUCCCUAUGCCACCUCCACCAUGCCCCUGUCCCGCUGGCUGAGAUCUGUGGGGGUCUUCCUGCUGCCAGCCCCCUGCUGGGCGCCCAGGGAGAGGUUUCUGGGUUACCUACGGMGGCCCUCCCUGGUGCACGGGUGCCCAGUCCUGGGGGCCUGGCACAGUGCCCGCUGCUGGUGCCAAGUGUGGACAGAGGAGCCUCGAGCACUUUGCUCCUCUCUCAGAAUGAACGGAGACCAGAAAUCAGAUGGUUAUGCUCAGGAAAAGCAGGAUUUCAUCCAGCACUUCUCCCAGAUAGUCAAGGUGCUGACUGAAGAUGAGAUGGGGCACCCAGAGACAGGAGAUGCUAUUGCUCGACUCAAGGAGGUCCUGGAAUAUAAUGCCAUUGGAGGCAAGUACAACCGGGGUUUGACGGUGGUGGUAGCAUUCCGGGAGCUGGCGGAUCCAAGAAAACAGGAUGCUGAUAGUCUCCAGAGGGCCCUGACAGUGGGCUGGUGUGUGGAGCUGCUGCAAGCUUUCUUCCUGGUGUCAGAUGACAUCAUGGAUGCAUCCCUUACCCGCCGGGGACAGCUCUGCUGGUAUCAGAAGCCAGGCAUAGGUUUGGAUGCCAUCAAUGACUGUCUGCUUCUGGAAGCAUGUGUCUACCGACUGCUGAAGUUCUACUGCCGGGAUCAGCCCUACUAUUUGAACUUGAUUGAGCUAUUCCUGCAGAGUGCCUAUCAGACGGAGAUUGGGCAGACCCUGGACCUCAUCACAGCCCCCCAGGGCAAUGUGGAUCUUGGCAGAUACACUGAAAAGAGGUACAAAUCCAUUGUCAAGUACAAGACAGCUUUCUACUCCUUCUACCUGCCUAUCGCUGCUGCCAUGUACAUGGCAGGCAUUGAUGGGGAGAAGGAACAUGCUAAUGCCAAGAAGAUCCUGAUGCAGAUGGGAGAGUUCUUCCAGAUUCAGGAUGAUUACCUUGACCUCUUUGGCGACACCAGUGUGACAGGAAAACUUGGCACUGACAUCCAGGACAACAAGUGCAGCUGGCUGGUGGUUCAGUGUCUGCAACGGGCCACUCCAGAACAGCGCCAGAUCUUGCAGGACAAUUAUGGGCAGAAGGACCCCGAGAAGGUGGCCCAGGUGAGGGCACUGUACGAGGAGAUGAAUCUACCAGCUGUUUUCUCCAAGUAUGAAGAAGACAGUUACAUCCACCUUAUGAGUCUCAUUGAGCAGUAUGCUGCGCCCCUGCCCCCCACCAUCUUCCUGGGGCUGGUCAACAAGAUCUAUAAGCGGAAAAAGUGACCUAGAGACUGCCAGGGCAGGGAGGGAGGGCGGGCUCUCAAUAAAUUAUUGUGUAAUCUUC